AUGACCAGAGGAAACAAGGAGCACCCCACCGGCGUCAGCCCAGACUACAGGAGCACCCCACCGGCGUCAGCCCAGACUACAGGAGCACCCCACCGGCGUCAGCCCAGACUACAGGAGCACCCCACCUGCGUCAGCCCAGACUACAGGAGCACCCCACCUGCGUCAGCCCAGACUACAGGAGCACCCCACCUGCGUCAGCCCAGACUACAGGAGCACCCCACCUGCGUCAGCCCAGACUACAGGAGCACCCCACCUGCGUCAGCCCAGACUACAGGAGCACCCCACCUGCGUCAGCCCAGACUACAGGAGCACCCCACCUGCGUCAGCCCAGACUACAGGAGCACCCCACCUGCGUCAGCCCAGACUACAGGAGCACCCCACCUGCGUCAGCCCAGACUACAGGAGCACCCCACCUGCGUCAGCCCAGACUACAGGAGCACCCCACCUGCGUCAGCCCAGACUACAGGAGCACCCCACCUGCGUCAGCCCAGACUACAGGAGCACCCCACCUGCGUCAGCCCAGACUACAGGAGCACCCCACCUGCGUCAGCCCAGACUACAGGAGCACCCCACCUGCGUCAGCCAAGACUACAGGAGCACCCCACCUGCGUCAGCCCAGACUACAGGUGCACCCCACCUGCGUCAGCCCAGACUACAGGAGCACCCCACCUGCGUCAGCCCAGACUACAGGAGCACCCCACCUGCGUCAGCCCAGACUACAGGAGCACCCCACCUGCGUCAGCCCAGACUACAGGAGCACCCCACCUGCGUCAGCCCAGACUACAGGAGCACCCCAACUGCGUCAGCCCAGACUACAGGAGCACCCCACCUGCGUCAGCCCAGACUACAGGAGCACCCCACCUGCGUCAGUCCAGACUACAGGAGCACCCCACCUGCAUCAGCCCAGACUCCCAUGAUGCUCCGCCAGCCCUGUACAUGACCAGAGGAAGAGGAUGGAGUCAAGGCCGGGUGUAG